AUGCCUGGAAGCCCUAAGAAAAAGAGAUCGAAGCGCAAAGUGUCGGACUCUGAUCCCAAGGUGCCGGAAGGGAAGGCAGCUCUGGCAAAGAGAGCGCGUGCUCAGUCUCAGUCAAUGAUCGAUGAUGCCAAUGACUCACAGCUUCCUCGACGAACAGAACAUCGAGGUGCAGGGACAGGAGGUAGGGGCGCUCAACUGGAGAAAAUAGGCGAUAUUUUGCAUGCUCCAACGCGGACCAGCAAAUCCAAGGGUGCCACCUCCCUUGAUCCGGAUGCUCCUGCAAACCCUCUCGCUCCAGAACCACCUCGCAAGGGCUGCGGGAGUCGUCCCAAGAAGAGACAGCCCCCUCCACUGUAUAGCCCUUCAGAAGAACCGAGAACCAUGACUUCCAAAUCACGCUCAAAGAAAAACAAGACUCCUGUCGUUUCUGCCCCAACUUUCGAGUUAUCAAACCCUCCACCCACUUUUGCACUACGGGAAACUGGCGGACGGUAUGGAUUUUCGCCACCGAUUGUCCCCCCCAGCACGGAAGGGCGUCAUAGUACACACCCUGGUUUUUUGAGAGAAGCGCUACCACCCCAACCUCAGGCGGUAACCGCUCUCCCAACAGAUUUUGAAUUCCAGUAUUCUCACGACGAAGGUGACCAAGUUGUUGAGAACACUUUGGCGGUUGGUGGUGACCCAAAUGACGUCUUGAAGCUUCACCACGAGAGAAAUGGCCAUCCCCGACUUCCCGAUCCUGCUCUCCUGGAGCUUCUCCGUGCUGCUGAGGUAGAUCCCUCCAACUCAAAGGUGAAACGGAAAUCGAAGGUGGUCGGUGGAUCCAAAUCCAACGAUGAAGGGCCCAAGGCCACCCAACUGGGUUGGUAUAGUUCACACUGGAAGAGUUUUCUCGAGGACGCAAAGGUGGAGUGUCGUACCCAGCAGGCAUUGGAGAACCCUUUUCCGAGCCUUGUUCAAGAUCUGCCGGUCUCAAUCACAGAGUCGCUCUCAGCCUCUCUCGUGCAAUGGCUUAAAAAUGGUCAACAUGUUGAUGCUGGUGUGUGGCCUGCACAUAAGCCUGACAUGGCGAGGCUGCUGUAUGACGACUUAGCAACCUGGCGUUCUGAUCUAAAGAAAAUCACCAUCUCCAUCGCACCUUCCGCAUAUGGUCUUUCCCCGCCAGAUAACAUUCCCAUUCAAGAGCACGCAGCUUGGAUUCAAGCUGCCACUACAGAAUUACUGAAGGACGGUGGAUUUCUGCGCUAUGGAGUAGAUGAAUUGGGGAAAACUAGGAAUUUUGCGCACCCUGCGUUUUUUCAGGCCAUCAUCCUAUUUUUUUACACUGGAUCUUACCGCAUUGCUCAUAGGCGACCAGCCAUUUUUCGGAAGGAGGUACCGUUAACAUGCUUAGCUCUUGUUUGCACAGUGUUUAAUUGUGUCUUCCAGGGCCUCGAGAAAAAUGGUCAUGGCAAGUCUUAUUCGAAGUUCACUUCCAAGGAGUAUGAGUCCAUUUAUAUUUGGCUGCUUGGGCUACUCAAUGAUGUCAUGAAAGACCCAUAUCACGGUCCGAAGCUGGUGCGGCAGCUUCGUGAAUGGGCCAAGAUUGGAUGGGCGGAGGCAUCCAAACUCGAUGGCAUUGACACGUCGAAACAUCGCCACCUGCGCGUCCAGCUUGAUUGA